AUGGUGAGAAGAAGAUGUGAUAUAAACGCAGCUGAGAUGAAAUUUCCCAUUUAUUCCUUCCUAUCUAUCUAUCUAUCUAUCUAUCUAUCUAUCUAUCUAUCUAUCUAUCUAUCUCAGUCUGUUCCUCCAUCUAUCUAUCUAUCUAUCUAUCUAUCUAUCUAUCUAUCUAUCUAUCUAUCUCAGUCUGUUCCUUUAUCUAUCUAUCUAUCUGAUACUAACAUUUUUCUUUCUUUUUUUUUAGAUCAUUUCAUUCCUUUCUUUAUUUUCUCUUUUUAUUUCUAUUUAUACACAUUCUCCUUUCUUUCUUUCUUUCUCUCUUUCUUUCUUUCUUUUCAGUUAUAUAUUUUUAUUUCUUACUCUGGACCCUCUUUUUGCUCGCUGAUUGGAUUCCCCUCUCCCACUAACAUCUUUUGUCUCUCCUUAAUUCUCUCCCUCUUUCCCCCUCCUUCAACUUCUUUCUUUCUUUCUUUCUUUUCAAUUAUAUAUUUUUAUUUCUUGCUCUGCAUCCUCUUCUUCAUCGCUGAUUGGAUUCCACUCUCCUACUGA